GUGGCGGUUCUAAAAUAUUCCUUUUUUUUGUUUAUUUUCUCUCUCUUCACUGAACACUCGUUACACUUGUCUCCUCGUCAAUUCCACUUCAUCGUCCCUAUUUAAUAUUCAUCACUCACCUUUCAAUUUUUUCCCUUUUUUAAUUAAUUAAUUAAUUUCUUCCAUCUAGGGUUUUCAAUUAGGUUCCUGAAUUACGAUUAGGUUCUUAUUUUCAUUUUUCCCUAUUGAAUUUACGACUUAGGGUUUCUGGGUCUACGAAAAACCCUCCUUUCGCGCUAGAAAUCUAGGUUUUAUGGAGCUGGGGUGACAGGGCUAUCCCACUUUGUCAUUCCCGCCCACAAAAAGGAGGUAACUUUACGAACAUCCGAAUGCAUAUGUCGUUUUCGUCAUUAUCAAAGGUCAACGUAACCUGCUACGAUUGUUAUAAACUGGAGUUGUUAUCAUCACAAUGUUGGAUGUGAAUGGUAGUUGCGGGUUUUAUAUCUCUAGUUGUGUUCUCCACUUAGCUGAAUGGCACCCAUUGGAAUAGCAACGUUGAGUAGGGCUUGAAGCCCUGUUUUUACUUCCUCUAUCAAAUUUUUUUAUUUUUUAGGGUGAGAGAUACGUCAAUUACAUUUAGGAUUCAAUCUCCAGAUGCUCAAUAAGACUCUUUCUUUUGCGAUGGGGUGCUGUAGUUGCUUUGGGUUCAUCAGGACACCUAACCGUCAAAGUCAAAGGUCUAAGCCUACUACUAACAAUAAUCUCUGCCAGGAGCCUCUGUUGGAUGAUGAUAUUGAGGAUGAAGAGGGUGAGCCUUUGUACAAUGAUGAGGUUACUAACAAUAGUGGAGAUGAAGGUGCGGAGGAAACUCGUCCCAAGCGAUCGGAAGAAAUUUUGAACUUCAGAGUAGAGAAUGGCAUGAUUUGUAGGCAGUUUCCUGUUAAGGAAACUCGCAAACUUGUUCGCAGCGAGGAUGAAAAUGGGAACAAGAUGAUAAAUGAGUAUAUUCGUGAGUAUAAGAUUGGUUCUGGUAGCUAUGGGAAAGUGGCUCUUUAUCGAAGCUCUGUUGAUGACAAGCAUUAUGCAAUUAAGGCCUUUCAUAAAUCUUAUUUACUGAAGCUUCGAGUUGCACCCUCAGAAACUGCCAUGAUGGAUGUACUACGUGAGGUUCUCAUUAUGAAAAUGCUGGAACAUCCUAAUAUAGUCAAUCUCAUUGAGGUGAUUGAUGACCCAGAGACGGACAACUUCUACAUGGUACUUGAAUAUGUUGAAGGAAAAUGGAUUUGUGAGGGUUCAGGUCCCACUUGUGGCUUAGGUGAAGAAACUGCUAGGAGAUACUUGCGUGAUAUAGUUUCUGGAUUAACAUAUCUCCAUGCUCAUAAUAUAGUACAUCUGGAUAUUAAGCCAGAUAAUCUGUUGAUUACUUGUCAUGGUACAGUAAAGAUAGGGGAUUUCAGUGUCAGCCAGGCUUUUGAGGAUGAUAAAGAUGAGCUUCGGCGAUCACCUGGCACUCCUGUUUUCACUGCACCAGAAUGCAUUUUAGGUGGUGUGAAAUAUGGUGGUAAAGCUGCAGACACGUGGGCAGUAGGAGUUACUUUAUACUGUAUGAUAUUGGGUGAAUACCCUUUUCUUGGAGACACCCUUCAAGAUACAUAUGACAAAAUAGUCAAUAAUCCUUUAGUACUCCCCAACGACAUGAAUCCACCAUUGAAAAACUUAAUAGAAGGACUACUUUCCAAAGACCCAAGUUUAAGGAUGACUUUGGGUGAUGUUGCGGAAGAUAGCUGGGUUAUUGGAGAUGAUGGUCCAAUUCCCGAUUACCUUUGUUGGUGCAAAAGGAAGAGCUUGGGAAUUGAGGACAAUGAUGAGAGCAAUACUGACUAAUUUUUUUUAGUUUGCAUUUAUGUACAGUGGAAAAGCGGUGGUUUUUUUUUCUUUGUUAGACUCUUCACUGGUAUUUUAUGAUUUGAGUCAGUCUUAAAGGAAUCUCAAUUUAAGAAAAUAUAGUUCAUGUAGGCAUGAUAAGUAGCAGAGGCAGAAGAAUGAAUGUUUAUAUUUUUGUGAAAGAAUUUGGUGUCUAGAAGUAGAAACCGAGAGAGGCCUUGUACAAUGAUCCUUACACGCAUGAAAUGAAUUUUGAGCUCUAGCUUCCAGGCAUAGAUAUUCUCAGUUUAAACCUUGUAUGUAUCAUCUCAACAAUUAAGAAAUGGCAACCCCAAAUGUUUUCACUGUCAUGAAACAA